AGUAUUGGAACUUUUUCUGCUGGCGCCGUCUACGUCUAGUUCACCGCAAGGUUAGAGCAGGGCAGCAGCAGCAGCAUGUACCGGUGCCGGGGGCUCGUCAGGCGAGUGCCUAAUUCUUGCAGGACUGCGGACUGUGUCACGAAGCAUGGGAAAAAAACAGUCAACCCAAGCAGAGGAUAUGCUGAUCUACCUUACAAACCUCCUUCUAUGAAUGAACUGCCAAAACCACAAGGAUCCUGGUCUCAGAGGCAUGAACGUAUACAAAGGAAGUACAAUCUGCAAUUGGCAGCUGGCAUUGGAUUCAGUACUUUUACCUUCUUUGUUCUUAAAUCAAGUGGAUUGGUAGAUUUUGGACUGAAUCCAGGGCAGAUACAGCUUCCUAAGUCAGACUCUGCAGCUGCUGCAGGAGGGGAAGAAGAAGAGGAAGAGGAAAGUUCAGUAGCAGAAGCCUCUGCAGAGGUUAUUGAGGAAGAGGCUCCUGCUGCAGUAGAAGAAGCUCCUGCUGCAGUAGAAGAAGCUCCUGCUGCUGUAGAAGAAACUCCAGCUGUUGUAGAGGAAGCUCCUGCUGCUGUAGAGGAAGCUCCUGCUGUUGUAGAAGAGGCUUCUGCUCCAGUGGAGGAAGCUGCUCCUGCUCCAGUGGAGGAAACUGUUCCUGCUCCAGUGGAGGAAGCUCCUGCUGCUCCAGUGGAGGAGCCACCUGCUGCUCCAGUUGAAGAAGCUGCUGCUGCUCCAGUAGAAGCUGCUCCAGUGGAGGAGGCUCCUGCUGCUCCAGCAGAGGAGGCUCCUGCUGCUCCAGCAGAGGAGGCUCCUGCUGCUCCAGUAGAGGAGGCUCCUGCUGCUCCUGUGGAGGAAGCCCCUGCUGCUCCAGUAGAGGAAGCCCCUGCAGCAGUUGAGGAGACUCCUGUUGCGGAGGCAGCACCAGCAGCAUCUACUGAAGGUGCAGCAAAGCUAGUUCCAGAACAUGUGACUUACCUCAUAGUGGGUGCUGGUACUUCUUCAGUGGCAGCCUUCAGAGCCAUCAAAAGCAGAGAUGCUAAAGCAAAGAUCUUGGUGGUGUCUGGUGAAGGUGAGAAACCCUAUAUGAGACCACCUCUUAGUAAAGAGCUGUGGUAUACUGAGGAUCCCGAGACAACCAAGACUUUACGCUUUAAGCAGUGGAAUGGGAAAGAAAGGAGCAUCUACUUUGAACAUGAAGACUACUACACUCCUGCCAGUGAGUUGGCCACAAGAGAGAAUGGUGGCAUAUCUGUGUUGCAAGGACGACAGGUAGUCAAGUUGGAUGCACAUAAGAAACGAGUUUACCUAGAUGAUGGAACUGAAAUAUCUUAUGACAAGUGUCUUCUUGCAACAGGUGGAUCACCAAAGCCAUUGCCAGUGUUUGAUAAAGCAGGAAAUGACAUUCUCAAGAAUGUCACGCUGUUUCGCACCAUUGCUGACUACCAACGCCUGAAUGAAGUGGCUCAGCAGGGAAAGCACAUCACCAUCAUUGGUGGAGGAUUUCUGGGUUCAGAAAUUGCUUGUGCUCUCGGACAUAAAUCCAAAUCCACCAAGGGCUCAGUGACACAGGUGUAUCCUGAGUCUGGCAACAUGGGCAAGGUCUUACCUGAGUACCUUUCCAAAUGGACCACUGAAAAAGUUAAGGCUGAAGGUGUCAAUGUCAUCACAGACUCAUCUGUUAAAGGAGUCAAGAGUACAGAAGAUGGAAAGCUGUCUCUGUCACUCAACACAGGCAGUGAGAUUGUGACUGACCAUGUGGUUGUGGCGGUAGGUUUAGAGCCCAAUGUGGACUUAGCAUAUUCCUCUGGUCUUGAGGUGGAUAAUGAGCACGGAGGAUUCAGAGUGAAUGCAGAAUUAGAGGCUCGAUCCAACUUGUGGGUGGCUGGUGAUGCAGCAUGCUUCUAUGACAUCAAGUUGGGCCGGCGGAGAGUGGAGCACCACGACCAUGCCAUUGUGUCAGGCAGACUAGCAGGAGAAAAUAUGACUGGUGCUGGCAAGCCUUACUGGCAUCAGUCCAUGUUCUGGUCUGAUUUGGGACCUGAUGUUGGUUAUGAGGCUAUUGGCAUCGUUGAUUCUUCUUUGCCCACUGUAGGCGUCUUUGCCAAAGCAACCACAAAGGACACACCCAAGGCUGUGGUUGAGGCAACUGGAGAAAGUUUGAGGUCUGAAACUGAACAGACUGCCGACACUAGUUCCAUGAUGUACUCUAGUGCCCCUCAUGCUCCCCUGAAAGGAGAAGACUAUGGCAAAGGAGUAAUAUUUUACCUCAGAGACAACAUUGUAGUGGGAAUCGUACUCUGGAAUGUCUUCAAUCGUAUGCCCAUUGCUAGAAAGAUUAUAAAGGAUGGCAAAAGCUACGAUGAUCUGAAUGAAGUCGCCAAGCUUUUCAGUCUGCAUUCAGAAUAAGAAAAUAGUAGUAUGACUGCUCAAGCGUUCCAUAGGGUUUGUACUGUACAUGUUUAUAAAAACAUCAUUGUUGAAUUCAAAAAAAUUAAGAAUUACAUGAUGAUUAUAAAUAACUGUGCCAUAACAUUGUGUAAAUUUUGAGAAAAUCAUAUUUCAGUAGAAUUGAAAAUAGUUAUUUUGUAGAGCAAGCUUUGCCAGAGUGCCUUUUUUUUUUCAGCACCACAGGUAAUGGUUAUGUUCUAGUGCAGCCUUUCGGGUUAAUUCUUUAGCAGUACAUGCAGUGCAACAUUGGAUAUGAAACUUCUUGAUAGCUUUAAUAGCAAUUAGACAUGAUGACAUGUAGGACACUUUUUUCCCAAAAUUUUGUCUCAAAAUGUCGCUAUGCGUCUAAUAUGCGAAGUUGACACCUCUCGUAGGCUUAUCUCCCUAAAGCUCACUAACUUAGUAAUCAGUACUUCUCUUUACCCUAACUGCAUGCGUCAUUAUUUUUAUUGCCGGUAUUAUUAUUAUUAUUAUUACCAUUGUUAAUUUAAAAAGAAUUAUUGUAAAAUUGAAAGCAAUCUAACCCGUAAGGCUGUGACUCGUGUUUAUAAAUAUCAGUUGAUCAGAAUCCUGACUCAGUGCCAUCUGGCAGUGAGGAGUAACACCAAGUUCAUGGUCAUUAAGUUGAUAGUGAAAGAAAAGAAAAUAGAAAAAAGUUGAUUGUGAAAAAGAGAGAGACUAGAUAAACCAGCAACAACAAAAGGCAAAGGCUAUCCACCAACUCUAGAUCCGAUCAUAGCAAAACACGUCAACGCCCUCACUGUUAUGGAUGCAGUAGAUAAAAUAUCAAGCUAUACAAUCUCCUACAAACUAACAAGUGGUAUAUUAUGUCAAAGAACAUGGCAAUAGAAAAGUAGCAAGGGCUUUUGAGCCGCCACCUACAGAAAAAAAAUGUCAGGCGACAGCAAGAGGACCAACUGAAGAGCGCAAGGAAAGGUAAACAUAACAUUCAUUGCCUAGCCGCACAUUGGCCUGAACUUGAGGAUGACAUUGCUUUUGCAGCAAUGUUUGCUGUUUAUGUAAUAUGCUGCUCAAUUGCUGUCAGCAGUAUAUGCUUAAAUACAUUAAAAACCUUUUUCCUAAAUUUUACCAGCUGAAAUGGGGGUGUGUCUUAUAUGCCCAUGUGUCUUAUAUGUCAUCAAAUACCAAUUUGUGACUUUUAAGAGGAUCUUGCUUGGAGUCUGGAACAGAAACUUUUUCAUAUACUUACUGUUUUUUAUUGCCUCGUCAUAAAAAAAAAUUUUUGGAAGUAUAUCACAUAAUAUCAAUUUUUUUUCAGCUGCUGGAAGAACAUUAUUGUUACAUAUCUGUUUUCCUCCAGUACUUAUUAACACUUUGGGUGAAAGCUCAGACUUGCAUACAGCAAGCUUUUAGCUCAGAAAAUUAAUUUGAAAUUAAUUUUUGAAAUUAAAUGUCACUAAAUUGUUUAUGUGACAAAAAGGAUUCACUGCCUUCAAAGCCCUUUGUUGCUACUUACUAGCAGAGAUAGAAUAUGAAAAACAUUGUGUUUUUAUUUACUUGAUUAAAUCCAGAAAUUCCCGACUGUAUGGAUUCUUGGCAGGAAUUGAAUGUCAUGAAGUGAAAGUGCUUUAUUUUUCUUGUAAAGUUGUUAACAUUCCAGUCCAUCUAUCUCUUAUAGUUCAUAUGUUUUCCCUAUUCUAUUUGUGAGUUGUCAUUCAUCAGUUGUUCUCGAGAUGUUUUUAAGGUUAUAUAUACUUUUUUCAGUGAUGGUGACACUUUUAUGAUAUUUCUGUAUAACACUGUUUUUUGAUGAUGUGAUAGAUAUGUCAGUAGUGCAGUACUAGUAGGCUGCUGUUACUGAUUGACAGCAGUAAUAAAAUGGGUUAAAGAUAUAUUUAAUAUGAAAAAUUUAUUAAAGUUUAAAGAGGAAAGAGGAUAUUGUCAGUUUUAAGCUCCAUUUUAGUUUAUGAAAGAUGCGCAGGUCACAUAUUAGAACUUGAGUGUGGGCUGGAUGUGGCAUCUUGAUCCCAUGACUUGAUUAAUACUGUGUAACUAAUUUCUUAUCUCAUUUUACCUCAGGUGGUAUGACUGCAAAUAUUUUUUUUGGCUGAAGGCAGUGAGUCUGAAGACAAUUUAUACAUAUAUAAUUAGAUAUAUAUUUUAAACUACAGAAGUAUGUAAUUACAUAACAUGUUUCUGAUACUAAAUAUGUCCAAAUGGUUAAUAAGCUAAAAGUGUUUGUUAAUAUAUCACCUAUAUUGUGUACUCUUGCAUGUGCAAGUUGAGCAACUAUUUGACUUAAACAAUUAAAUGUCACAUGAUAUAUUGCAUAACAUAUGAAUUUUUUUUUUUUAUAUAUAUAUAUGUAUAAAGUGAUAAAGUAAAUAAGUGAAGUGUGUUUGGUUUAAAUUCAGAUAUAUCAAAUUGUUUUAUUAAAAGUUAAAUAUAUUCAAUUUUAAAUUCUAUUUUCGUGGUGAUGGGCAUAAUUUCUGAUUAGAUUUAGAGGCAUUUUUCAUUCCAGUUCCAACAUGGUCAGAUUUAUUUUUGAAUAAUGAAAAUUAGCAUCCCAGAUGACAACUAAAAACCAUUCCUUUUAAUUACCAUAUUGUGUUCAAAGAAGAAAAGGUCUUUUGCAUUUCUAGUGUGAUGAUGAGUUAGUUGUGUGGGCACCAGACUAAUGGCCCGGAAAUCUAAAAUAAGGCUCUAUAUGUUUUAGGAAAUAUUUUAAAUGAAAGGGAAUUAGUCAUCACUUCCAUGUUCUUGAAAAAUAAAUACAAUUUUCUUGCUGGACCAUUGCACACCUUCUGUACGUAUAUAUCUAAAGAUUCUCUCAACAGUAGAUAAAAUAUUCUUUCCAACCACUGUAGCUGUGAGAGACUUUUUCAGUAAAAAUAAGAACUGAAGAAUAUUUGAUAGGUUGAAUAUUUGUGGAGACAGUAAAGUGAAAUUAACAAUUUACUUUGAAAUACCAACAAAGGAAGUUUGGGUUUGGUGUUGUAUGUCUGGAGGCAAGUUUUGUUUUGUUAGCUGAGUUAUUGUAGAAAAUCAAACUGCACAAUUCAUGAUUAUUAUAUGAGUUCAGUGGUAGGGAUAGAUUAGUACUUAUUUUUAUAUUUAUUGAUUUUUUUUUUACAAAGUAUAACAUUUUCUUAUUAUUGUUUAUUAUUCCAUUUUUUAAAGUACUUCUAAAAAGAGUUGAAGCUUGCUAGAAUAAUUUAUUCUUAAGGUAGAAGGGUUGUAUUGUGAUGUAUGAUAGAAAAUGUGGCAUGUGUAAAUAUACACUGUAAACUGUGUACAAUUUUGUAUAUAAUGUAAGUGAUAGAGUUCAUGAAACUGAGUAUAAAAUAUUUUAGUAA